GGGGACGAAGAGAAAAAGGACGAAGACGAGGACGAGGGAAAAGUGCUGGAUGAGCUCGUCGCCGUGCUGGAUCAAGCGCUCAUCCUCGCUGGCGGGGCGGGAUUGAAGCGUGGGAGGAGGGCAAUUUCGAGGUUGCUUGGGUACCUGGACGACGCGCCGCCAACAUCAUUGUCUUCGUUGGGUUCACCUUUCCCAGCGAAGUUCCCUUCUUCGCGCCCGUUCACACCGCCUGUUGAGCAGCCUAUUCGCGUCUUGGAUCGUAUGUCCAUGUCGGCUUUCCAGGCGUACUUGGACGGCCGGAAUCACCCGGAGAAGGCAGACGAGGAUCUGGACUUGGCGGAGCCGUUGGUCCUUACAUCGCUGAUGAACGAGUGGCCUGCGCUCUCCACGAGACUGUGGUCUUCGCCUGCGUACUUGAUGUCCAGGACGCACGGCGGGCGGAGACUUGUGCCGGUGGAGGUUGGGCGGAGUUAUGUUGAUGAGGGAUGGACGCAGGAGUUGAUUCCGUUUCGGGAGUUGGUCGCGCGCGUUGUUACGUCUGCUUCACCAUCUACUACAUCGACGACGACAAUAUCAACACACACAACGAUAGGGACAGGACCAGAGCCAGGACCGGAAAAGGGGACGACAUACCUCGCCCAACACGAACUCUUCGCGCAGCUCCCGCACCUGCUAAACGACAUCCUCACGCCGGACCACUGCUUUACCUCGCCGCCGGCGCACCCUUUCGACAAGACUGCAAACAAGCCGGAGCUGGAUGUGCCGCUUGUGAAUGCGUGGUUUGGACCGCCGGGGACGAUUACGCCGUUGCAUACGGAUGGGUAUCAUAACCUGCUGUGUCAGGUCGUUGGGGAGAAGUAUGUGCGGUUAUAUGCGCCGCGGGAUUCGGAGGCGUUGUGUCCUAGGGGGUUUGAUGACGACUAUGAUGCCGUGGAAAAUGACGACGAUAGGGAAGAAGGAGAAGGUGAUGAAGAUCUAGAUGGAAAGCGCAAGGGAGGCCAGGGAGUAAAAAAGGUGGACAUGAGCAACACCAGCGCCUUUGACGUCGGCGCCGUGGAGGGCUGGGAUCCGGACACGGAGGGCCGCGAUCCCAUGGAGCUCGAGGAGUUUCGCGGCCUGCGGUACUGGGAUUGUGUUCUGGGGCCGGGAGAGGUGCUGUAUAUUCCCAUCGGGUGGUGGCACUACGUCCGCAGUCUGAGUGUGAGUUUCAGCGUGAGCUUUUGGUGGAACGGGGACCACUACGUUGGUCCGGAGGACGAGGAGAGCAGAUGAUUGAUGU